AUGUCAAAUGAGACAAUAGAGCGAGGAUCAUUGCUCCUCUUCGAGCUUGUCGAUUUCGACAUCGAAACAUGUCCAAAAACAGAGUCGAUAACGAAUGAAAACUCGUUGGGAGUAGAUGCUGCAUCACCACGGAAGAACCUCAGUCGUCCACCAAUUUGUGCCGCCUCCGGCGCCUAUCGUGGCUGCGAGGAACUCUCCACUAGUACUUGUGGCCCAAGCGAACAUGCCCCUGGCAGCCGUUACAAAACCGUCGUUGUUCGCUAUGUUCUCCAGCUUCCCAGAAAGAUCCCCGAUGAUUUCUGUCAUCCGUUGAUCGACGCUCACCCUUGGGGUCACUUGGUCCUCCCUCAAACUUCCAACUGGUCAUCUCUUCGAGAGCGUGACAUUACUGGCGAUAUGCCAGACCAGGAUUAUCGUCAUAUCCCCGAUUCUGGUUACUCACGCUACCAAUUCGCCAAAUGGUUCUUCCCUUUUUGA